AUGUUCUGGUUUAGUAUGGAUAUAGCCUGUCACCGUAGGCGGCGACUUAAUCUCUUUCGUCCUCUUUCUCUUGAACUCGAAGCAAGCCAAAACAUCUUUCCAGAGAAGAUUUUUUGGCUUUGGCUUUGCGUUCUUGACCAUGUGAUCCUUGCGCUUCUGACCGUCCUUUAUAUCGUCCUUCUGGUCAUCCUUCUGGGCGGCCUUCCGUUUGUCUUUGUGUUUGCCCGUCUUGCUGCCGUUAUCAUCCUGGAAGCAUGCGCAUGCGCUCUUCAAAGGAAGGAUGACAAUGUCGGGCUUCUGGAUUGAUCUCGCCAUCUGGUGGUUUGAUAUAUGGGCAUGUCGUUCUGCUGGAAGAUCAUGUCCACGGUGGAGACAGGAGCGCGCAUCCCGUCAAUCUUGAUCUCUUCAAGACAAGCGAGCGCAAUGUUCGUUGCGUCAAUAAAAGGGCCGUAGAAGUCGUUUUCUACUCCUGGACGUACGUAUUUUUUCAAGGCUGUCUCGAUGCCCGAAGAGAAUAUGCCUC